GUUGACAUUUGGUUGACAUCUCUUAACCUUACCUUUGUAAUCAGAAACGAGGUUAAAUAUUUCAAAGCUUUUUAAAAGAUGGAUCAAGCAGAGAAUAUAAUAAAAGUUGGUGACCAUAUUAUUGUCCAGAGGCAGGGUUACACAAAGUUACAUAAACUAAAAGCACACGGUCGUUUAAUAUUAGGAUCUUUCAAUAUAGAAAUGGAUAAUGUGGUUGGUGAAAGAUAUUAUGAUACUUUUCAAAUGAAAAAUACUCCGGGAAAUAAAAAAAAUUAUCUAUUGGACAAAGUGGAAAGUGUGAAUUCUGUAGUGAAUAAUUUAAAUAUCGAGAAAUCUGGCACAGAUAAUAGAAAUAUACCAAAUAACGCCGAUUCACAAAGUCUCACAAAAGAUGAUAUAGAUAAGCUUGUAGAUGAAGAAUUAAGUUCAAAUAAUAUUGUAGGUCAACUUAUUAAUAAUUCAAAAACAUUUUCGUUGAAGACAGGUUAUUCACAAGAAAAAUAUAUCAAGAAAAAAGAGAAAAAAUAUUUUGAAUAUGUUCAAAUCAGAAAACCUACAAUUAGAAUAUUGGCACAGAUGUUUUAUAGACAAGACACUAAUAAAACUCUAGGAAUAAGGAUAGAUGAUUUGUCACAGAUUCUAACUUAUUCUAAUAUUCAUCCAGAAGGUAAUCAUCUUCUCUAUGAUAGUGGAACUUCUGGCCUUAUGCCGGCUGCUAUAACAAAUGCUUUAGGUCCCAAAACAAGUGGACAACUUAUACACAUGCAUCCCGGGAACGAAUAUCAAAGAAGUGCAUUUGUUGCGAUGCAAUUUCCAAAAGAACAAGCUGAGAGAUGCAUUAAUGUUAACUUAUAUUCUGUUUUGAGGUGUUAUUAUCAAGCUAAAAAGGUUAACGAAAAAUCAGAAGACAAUACUUUUGUAAAUGAUAAUCUUGAUGAAGCUGAACCACUGAACAAGAAACGAAAACUGGAGACAGAUAAGGUGGAGGAAUUACAAGCAACUAAUAUUGUACUAGAAACACAAGAAUCAUCUCAAUCUAUGGUAUCAAAAGAACUUCUAGUGCAGAAAAAGUCGUGGCAACUAGAUAAUGAGCGAGCUUGUAGACUUUUGGAACAAAAAGUAGAUUCUUUAAUAAUUACAGCUAAGGAACAUCCUGUUAAUUUGGUUAAGGAACUUUUACAGUUUUUACAUGGUAAUAGACAUUUUGUGGUAUUUAGUUCUUUAAAAGAAUUACAACAUGAUCUGUAUUUUUAUUUAAAAACUCGCACUGACAUCAUUAAUAUUAAACUUUGUAAUAGUUUUAUGAGAAAUUAUCAAGUUUUACCGAACAGGACACAUCCUGAAGUAAAUAUGACUACUGGAGGUUAUAUUUUAACUGGAUAUAAAUUAAAUGAUUAAUUUUAUUGAUAUUACAUAGAAAUUAAUUUUUGUAAUUUUAUACAAAUAUAAAAAUCUACAUUGUUUUAAGUUCACCAAACAAUCUAUUAUUGUCUAAAUCAAAAUAAUAUUUCAAGUUCUAUUCCUAUUUAGGGUGGAAUUUGCAGAUGUGUAUAUUUUAACAUUGACUUAUACACAAUCAGACUUAAUAAGUCAAAUACACGGAGCAGUUGCCAUAUAUUCAGAAACGAUAGUCUUGUGUAACCUUCACAGUAAUAGAAAAUGUGAGCUGAGUGCUUUGUAUGUUUUGGUGAGGUCAAUCUAAUAAACUAAACAUAAGGCACUAGAUAACUCUUAUUUCAACAUCUGUAUUCUAUUUCAUAAAUUGGUUUAAUAUAAUUUAAGUCUUCAUUCAUGCCAUCUUAUAUAAUCAUCUAAAUACAGAACAAGA